AAAGAUGGCGGCGCCCGCAGAGGCGGCGGCGCCCACAGAGGUAGCUGCGUUGCAGGCUUCGGGGGGUCCUCGGCCUUCAGUUUGUCUAGGCUUACUGGACAUCUACAUAGCCAAGGCUCUCCACUUUAUGUGAUUAAUCUGGACCCAGCUGUACAUGAAGUACCCUUUCCUGCCAAUAUUGAUAUUCGUGACACUGUGAAGUAUAAAGAAGUCAUGAAACAGUAUGGACUUGGGCCCAAUGGUGGUAUAGUGACGUCACUCAAUCUCUUUGCUACCAGAUUUGAUCAGGUGAUGAAAUUUAUUGAGAAGGCCCAGAACAUGUCUAAAUAUGUCUUGAUUGACACACCUGGACAGAUUGAGGUGUUCACGUGGUCAGCUUCUGGGACAAUCAUCACUGAGGCCCUGGCGUCCUCAUUUCCAACAGUUGUCAUUUAUGUAAUGGAUACAUCAAGAAAUACCAACCCAGUGACCUUCAUGUCCAAUAUGCUCUAUGCCUGCAGCAUCUUGUACAAAACCAAGCUGUCUUUCAUUGUGGUUAUGAAUAAAACUGACAUCAUUGAUCACAGCUUUGCAGUGGAAUGGAUGCAAGAUUUUGAGGCUUUCCAAGAUGCCUUGAAUCAAGAGACUACAUACCUCAGUAACCUGACUCGUUCAAUGAGCCUGGUGUUAGAUGAAUUUUACAGCUCACUUAGGGUGGUGGGUGUGUCUGCUGUUCUGGGUACAGGCUUAGAUGAACUCUUCAUGCAAGUCACCAGUGCUGCGGAAGAAUAUGAAAGGGAGUAUCGUCCUGAAUAUGAACGUCUGAAGAAGUCAGUGGCCAGUGCACAGAGCCAGCAGCAGAAGGAACAACUGGAACGCCUUCGGAAAGAUCUGGGCUCUGUAGCCUUGGACACAGGGACUGCCACAGACAGCUUAUCUCCUGCACUUGACCCUUCUGACUUGAUCCUGACUCGGGGAACUUUGGAUGAAGAGGAUGAAGAAGCAGAUAGUGAUACUGAU